CUCCGACUGUUUACACGCCGAACCAACAUUGCACACUGCUGUCCAACUCGACGCCAAACGCCCCCGUUUUCCGCAAUGAGCUCCUUGUCUCAGGCUGAAGAGGCGAGGUUGAAGGCCCAGCUCCAGGACGCUGUCGUCUCAUGUACUGAGCGCUGUUUGUACCAGUCGGCCAAAUGGGCUGCCGAGCUGCUCAACUCGCUUCCGUCUGCAGAUGACUCUGCCUCCGUCACCGACGUCGACUCUCCCGUGCCCGCUUCGUCUCCACCCCAAACUCCCAAUGCCAGACCCAAAGAUGCCGCCGAAUUGCGCCUCGAGGCUCGCGAGACCACCAAGUACCUCCUGGCCAAAACAUACUUCGACUGCCGCGAAUUCGACCGAUGUGCCGCUGUCUUCCUUCCCAGCAACCUUUCCAAGAGCUUCAUAUACACACAAUCAUCAUCCCCUUCGGCCAAGUCGCCGCAAAAUGGAAAAUCGCACAUAGAAACCCCCACCAAGCCCGCCGUGACGGAAGAAUCGGUCCAAUCACUGAGCCAGAAAGCAUUGUUUCUGGCUCUCUACGCAAAAUACAUAGCUGGCGAGAAGCGUAUGAACGAGGAUAGCAAGAUGCUAUUGGGUCCCGAGGAUGGGGGCGUUACCCCCAAUCAAGAGCUCCCUGGGAUAUGUGCUACACUCGAAGAAUGGUUCACCAACCUUCCUCAAACCGGUAGGCAGUCUCAGGGCUGGCUGGAAUACCUUUACGGCAUUGUACUGGCUAAAAGCAAGAAUGAAAAGCUGGCCAUCGAGUACCUUAUUCAGAGUGUGAACCUUUACGAAUACAAUUGGGGUGCAUGGCAGGAGUUGAUUGGCCUUUUGGGAACCGUUGAAGAGCUCAACAAGGUCAGCUCGCGAUUACAGCAGAACAUUAUGACCUUCAUAUUCCACGUCACCACCUCGCAAGAACUGUACCAAACAAGCGACCAAUUACACACCUCACUUUCCCAGAUUCUCAGUGUUUUCCCAACUUCAUCGUUCCUGAAAGCCCAGCGCGCACUACUGCAUUACCACACCAAAGACUUUGACGAAGCAGAAAGCAUAUUUUCCGAGAUUCUAAUCAGCGAACCGCAUCGUCUGGACAAUCUCGACAACUACUCCAACAUCUUAUACGUCAUGAACUACAGAGCCAAGCUAGCCUUCUUAGCACAGCUUGCUUCCAACACGGACAAAUUUCGACCAGAGACUUGCUGUGUCAUAGGCAACUACUUUUCUCUCAAGUCAGAGCAUGAAAAGGCCGUCGUAUACUUCCGUCGUGCCCUUAUUCUCGAUCGAACCUUCCUCUCCGCUUGGACAUUGAUGGGCCAUGAAUUCGUUGAGAUGAAGAAUACCCACGCCGCCAUCGACUCAUACAGGCGCGCUGUGGAUGUCAACCGAAAAGACUAUCGCGCGUGGUACGGCUUGGGUCAGACCUAUGAAGUCCUAGAGAUGCAUUCGUACGCUUUGUUCUAUCAUCAGCGCGCUGCAGCCCUCAGGCCUUAUGACCCGAAACUGUGGAUGGCUGUAGGACAAUGUUUUGGAAAAAUCGGCAAAGUCACGAGUGGCAUAAGGGCCUACAAACGUGCACUGGUUGCCGGGUCUUACUACGACGCCGGAGUCGGGUCAUCUUUUGGCUCGGGCGACAUGUUAGCGUUGGGUGGCGGCGUCCUCGACCCAGAGGUACUGUAUCAGAUUGCGCUGCUUUACGAGCGGCUACAUGACAUGCAGGAAUGUGCCGCGUACAUGGAACUUGUCCUCGCACAAGAAGAAGGGCCGGACUAUGACGAAGGAAACUCGGAAACAGGUGGCGGCGGCGUUGGCGUGACCGCCACAACCAGUAAAGCAAGACUGUGGCUCGCGCGAUGGGAGUAUAUGCGUGGGAUGUUUCAAAAAGCGAUGGAGCUUGCCAACGAGUUGUGCCAGGAUGGUGUUGAAGUCGAGGACGCGAAGGCGCUUGUGCGCGACAUACGUGCAAGGAUCGAGAGGGACAAACACGAGGGACGUUCGUGAAGAUUUGAAGAUGAUAGCUUUCGAGCAUGUUGGCAUACUGGAGCAUUUGCAGGCGCACUAGGCUAUGAUACCCCGAUUUAUAAAUGAAGUUAUCUUUACAAGACCACCAUGAAACAGACGUACAACUGUC